GCGCGGGUGUCCGGCGGCGGCGGCGAGCCCGUGGGCAGUGGGGGUUGGUCCCGUGGCUCCGGCCCCCGGUACAGAAUGGCGACGGCGGGUCGGAUGAACAUCCAGAUGCUGCUGGAGGCGGCCGACUAUCUGGAGCGGCGGGAGAGAGAAGCUGAACAUGGUUAUGCCUCCAUGUUACCAUACAAUAACAAGGACAGAGAUGCCUUAAAACGGAGGAACAAAUCUAAGAAGAAUAACAGCAGCAGCAGAUCAACUCACAAUGAAAUGGAGAAGAAUAGACGGGCCCAUCUUCGCUUGUGCCUGGAGAAAUUGAAGGGGCUGGUGCCACUUGGUCCUGAAUCAAAUCGACAUACUACGUUGAGUUUAUUAACAAAAGCCAAAUUGCACAUAAAGAAACUUGAAGAUUGUGACAGAAAAGCCAUCCACCAAAUAGACCAGCUUCAGCGAGAACAGCGGCACCUGAAAAGACAGCUGGAGAAGCUGGGCAUUGAGAGAAUACGGAUGGACAGCAUCGGCUCCACGGUCUCCUCGGAGCGCUCCGACUCAGACAGGGAAGAAAUUGAUGUUGACGUGGAAAGCACAGACUAUCUCACGGCUGAUCUGGACUGGAGCAGCAGCAGCGUGAGUGAUUCUGAUGAGCGGGGCAGCAUGCAGAGCCUGGGCAGUGACGAGGGCUACUCCAGCUCCAGCAUCAAGAGAAUAAAGCUGCAGGACAGUUGUAAAACGUGCCUUGGUCUAUAAGAGAGUGGGCGUGGGGCUGCCUCCCGGAUGGUUCUCCCUGUCGGAUCUGAUUAGGUAGUGUAUUGGACCUGCCCACACGCUCUUGCAUGUGAACUUCAGUGUACCACCUGUACCAAAAUCAGUUCUGUCAAAGUUUUCAAGGAAGUGCUUAGGAUUAUGGGUUUCUGAUUGCAUCCACUAGCUUCUCUCUCUCUCCGUAAAAAUUCGUCUCUGAGAGACUGUACAUUCCAUUCAAUUUGGAGCACCCAAGAAUUCUUAGACCGAGUAAGCAAUUUUCAUAUCUCUGCAAUUUCCCCUUCUUCUUUACUGUCCUCAUGUAGUCUACCAGACUGUUCUUGAAGUUUUCUGGCUUACUAUGUUACUUGCGUAGGAGAAAUGUUGAAGUAUGUCUUGUGCUUAGGAAACUGAAGAAAACAACUUUUAACGUUGAGAUCCUGAUCUCAGAACUCCAAAGUAAGCUUUGAAAGCAGCAAUUAAGAGCACUUAACCACGGACCUCACCCCCAGCGAGGAAGUCAGGAAUACCUCCAGAAAACACACCCUGCACACACAGUCCAUGCUAAUCCCCGACUCACGUGUGGAUGGGAGCAGUAUUUCUCACUUUAAAAUGGGCACCUUGACAGUGUGUCUUUGAGGCUGCACAGCUAUUAAAAGUUCCAACAUUGUUUGUUCUCACAGACAAAAUGGUAUAAUUGUUGUGCGAUAUUCUUGGGACCUCACUGUGUACUGCUAUCUCAAGUCACAUUUUCCCCUCAGAGUUUGUUAAUGCUAUUUGUCUCUGGAACAUUUUUUUUUCCUACCUCAGAGAUAAAUGAGAUCUCCAUCUCCCACUUAACACAGUGAUUAUGCCUCCCCCCCUCCCCCCGCAAUAAGUGACAUUUGGUCCAAUUCUAAUGUAUUUUCCUAUUCAACUUUCAGCAAUAACUGAGCUUUGGCACUAGCUGAGCUAGUGGCCAUCAUCAGUGAAAGACAAAGUUCACAUUUCUACUCUCUGUGUUGCAGGUGAACAGGAGGGGAUGGUACAGUGUUACUAGAAUUCCUCUCCUUAAUGAUUAUUUUUGGACACACCUGGAAACUUCUUUAUGAAGGCUUUUGGGUUGAUAGUUUAAAAGGCUGAUUUUUCUUUUUGGUAAUGAUUUCUCACUUAAGUGGUCUCCCACUUUGUAGCAUUUUUAUUUAAGCUAAAACGGAGCACAUGUAUAUGUACAUAAGACAUGUUAAAUCUAUAAAUACUAUUUAUUCAUUUUAUAUAAACUAAUGUAAUGGAAAAUAAAUUCUUAUGACUUUGUGCUUUUAUAGAUGUUCUAGAAACUUUGUAUGUAGGUAUCUACAAAAUUGGUUCAUUCCCCUUAAUAUUUUUGCAUUCAUAUUUUUGAGGUCUUGAAGUUUUCAGCCUCUGGCAAAUCUUUUUCAUUGAAAUUGAACCAUUUGUAAAACCUGUGACCCUGAAGCGGAGUGUGUGUCACCAAGUGAUGAGAACAUUCCUAAAAUCCACAGGCACACUGCGACCUAAGGGCUCAACGGCUGACUCAGCAGCGGGCAGCCAUCCGCCCAUGCCCCGCUGCUGGCCCACGCCGAGCACAACACAGCCUCGCAGCUCCGCAGCCCACCAGCCUCCACACAACUGAGGUCAGAGUUCACGAGCACUCUGUACGGAAGCUCAUUCUAUACCUGAAGAGCGAUCUAAACAAAGCAAGCUUGCUUCUGUGGGUUUUUUUUUUUAAUGAUUCUUUAAUGUAUUAAACAUUUUUUAAAAAUUGGAAAUAGUGGAUUCCUAAAAUGAUUCCA